AUAAUAAGUAAAUGAUACAAUGAACGAAUAACGUUCCCUUAAAUACUAUUUUCCAAACCCGUGAAGGGAUCUUAAUGAAUCUUGAGAGGCAUUUAAAUAAAUCCUUGUUAAACACGUCUCUCAAGUUUCGUGCAAUUCCUAUCAGUAGAAACGACGUUUUUUAGUUUUACAGCUUCGUACUUAUGACAUAUGACCCUGCAGGUCACUGACAGGUGUCAAAGUGUCAAUGCUCGUUUUUCACGAGCCACGCGGAGUGGGUAGACCGCGAAUAUGUAUUAGUGAAAUACCGAACUGAAACUCUGCGUAUAUUUGUUUUAUUUCAAUAAUAUAUAAUAAUGGCAUGCCAUCAAAGUUAUACGCCGAAUUAUUUCGCCAUCAACGAUAUUCUAUCAACGGAAGAACCGAUCAAGUGCACGAUCGAAGUGGAACUGCCAGGACUAGGUUUCUUGGAUUCCUCUUCACAGUCGAAUGAUCUGAAAGUGGGAUCAAAAUUGGAUUUGCCACUGUGGCUCGCAGAGCCAUUGAAAAAAAUGCAAAACUCCGUGGUCAGUGUUGACAUACCAAAGAUAUACAAGGAGGUGUACAGAGAAAUUUUAGAGGCAGACGCAGAUGCUAUAGUUCUAAGUAGUUGGAAUCCGUUCUACUACGAAUUAGGAAUGCACGUAAGAAGACUGAGCGAUAACGACGUUGAUCAAAUCACAGACUGCUUGUUACAGACGUUCAAAGCCCGUCUGCGGAUAAUCAUGGACUGGGCCCAGAAUCCAGUGUCCGACGUUUCCUUAGGUCAAGAACUUCCUCGGCUGGAAAGGGAUUUGUUCCUCAGUGGUCGAAGAGCCAAAAUCCGACUGCUCGAGUGGCUGAAAAUGGGAACCGGUAACAUCCUACCUUCAGAAAUCUCGACGAAUUUAAAGAAGCGCAAGCGUAUAAAUUACAUGAUAGCGUAGCGAUUUCUAUUUUAUAACGAAACUCUGUUAUUUUUAUAAUAUCCAACGUACAAUAAAAUAUUUUUACAAUACGAACGUACAAAUCGAAGAAUAAUGGAUAAUUGUUUUAUAUCAUCGAUGAGCAUGAAUGUGAUUAUUUUACUAUGAGAGAACGAUGUACUAUAUUUUAUACAAAUCCUUACAAAUGAAAUAAAUAGAAAUUUUUUAAAAGAA